CUGCUAGUUGAUCAGUCGAUGCCACGCUAUCUACACACUCUGACAUUCGCGGAGGAAGAAGAAGGAGAGUAUGCCUGUACUGUGUCCAAUGGCAAACCAUCCACAGCCACCGAAAAAGAUAACACUGACAGCUCCUCCGCCUCCCAAUAUUCUGAGUGUGUCUCAGACAAGACCCGACACUGUGGAGCUAACAUGGCAACAACAUCGCAGCUAUUUCGACAUCACCGGCUACGUAAUAUCUCGCUGUCGCAUUUACACCAUUGAUACAGUUACCACGACGAUCGGUGCCAUGGAGACCAGUUUAUCUAUUACGGGGUUAACGCCAGGCGUCACUUAUAUCUUCACAGUCCGUGCCAUGUCAAAGACUUUACGUAGCGGACCCUCCAAACCCAUCCAAGUUACUCUGGAAGAGAAUGUUGAGGUUCAAAGUUCACAGUGGUGGGCGUGGCAUCAGGUGUGUUUGGUGGGCGUGGUCAUAUUCUGUAUGGUGUGCGUGGUCAGGAGGCGGGGCAGUAUAGCUAGAGAGUGCAGUAACUGUCAUAGAAGAUGCAUCAUUAGUUGAUGAUCCACAAACUACACUAGUCUUAUUAUAGGGGUGUACCCUUGUAUAACUAGCAUCGUAUUGUAUUCAGUUA